UUGACCGAUACGCAAUUGUCAGUGCCGCGCCAACCGCCGCGCCGAGUGAACGUUGGGAUUUAUUAUUCUCGUAUGUCCGUCCACCGUGAUUUUUCUCUCGCGAAUUAGGAUCUGUCCGGAGAACAACAGAUCUUGUGCUCAUUGUCAGCCGAGUGAUAUCGUAUUUCUUGAAGCGAGCGAUAAAAAAAUUGAGCUUUGAACGCAGUGAAACGAAGACAUAAAAAGGAAACAAAGACAAGAAAAAUAAAACGAUCUCGUUAGAGGAGAAUAACGUGAAAAUCAGUGCAAAAGUGACAUUGCGUAUAUAGCACAAUUGUGUAAUCUUCACGUUUAUUACAGUGAAAAGAAUCGCAAUCGCGUGGAACUUGAACAAGUCGGGACUUGAAUAAAACGCAAAACGGACGGUAGACUUGUGUAUUCAUGCUCGAGGUUCAGGUCCAGCGGAUGUAGAUUCGCGAGUGAGCGCCAUGCGAUCUCAUACCUGAUCAAUGCAAAAACGCGGCCUUGCCCGCGGAUUUUUAAUGCCGCGCCACGGGCUUUUUUCGUAUUCACAUUCACGGUAGCGAGCACACGACGACGAAGUCUCUCUGGGAUAUAAACAACCAGACACGUAAUCGGCGAGCCAUCGGCGCGAGUGGGAUGCAACGACUUUAAUUCGCGCAUGAGAGAGCGUCGCCGAUCUACGUUGCAGCUGUGCUUCAAGAGGCGCAAGGGCGUUUCUUGAGACUCAUUUUCCGUCUCCCGAUGAAGAGAUGAGAAGGUCACGAUGCUGAGACCCGGAUCCUUAGUAGGCCUGCUGGUCCUCGUGGCCGUGCUGAAGAUUGCAAACUCGGACCCGCAAACUCGCUGUCUAACAACGUUGGAAGAAGUUAAUCCAAAGAGGGUGAUUAAUCAUGAAGGCGAUUUCUUGAACAUUCAGUUCGAAGUAUCGAGAAGAGUCACGCAUAGACUGACGUCAGAAGUCAUGAAAAUUUUUUUAACCGAAGUAUUGGGUUACAAAGGUAUCGGCAUUAUCACUAAGGACGACAAAUUCAACGCAUCCGAGGUCUUUGAGAGGCUAUCCGACAAGCCGAUGUACAACGAACACAAAAUAGUUCCAGAUACGAUGGUGAACAUGGAAGUGUGGAUUCCGCCGCAGCAGGACACGUCGCCGCUGCUAAGUAAAUACAACGUGAAGGAAUGUGGCUCGAUAGCGCCACCGGGACACUUCGGCUGGUUCGUUCCGGAGGCGUUAGUCAAACCCGAUGACAGCUGGCUAGUUUUCUCCAGAUUAGAGACCGCCAACAGGUUCGCCGUCGACGAGGCAUAUCUGCCGAUCAUCAAGAAUUCCACGAUAAAUCCGAAUACCACGGAUUACUACUGCCGCGAAGCUUUUUGCCAGCAUGGGAUGUACGUCCCGGAACAAUGUCAAAGUCAAGGACAGCAGAGGACGCCGCAAUGCGCGCUGCUGCUAGCCGAAUACCCGGAUGUCACGCUCUUCGUGAAGGAGCAUAUUGAUAAGUUGAAGCUCUACGUCAAGGUGGCGUGGGUGGGUCCGAAUCUCAGAUACUUGACCAAGAACUUGACUAGGGAGUACAUGCAAUUCGCGCGAAAUUCGUCGGCUUCUGUCGAAAAUAGAUCGCUAGUGAUUUUGCACUAUUUUCCCAGCACUGUGAUACCGAAUGAGAGAGAAUUUAUAACGAUAUAUUUUCCACGUUGCCAAGCGACAAAGGGUUCGAUCGGCUGUGCCUACGAGUCGAACAGACUAACGAAGCUAGUGUGGGAUAGACUGGAUUUGAUCGCGAAAAUCGCUUUCCAGGCAAUCAGUCGCGCGAAGUUUACCCAAGAAAUGUACGAGAAUUUGAUCUUACGACGUGUGCGGGCAGCGAGUGACGUCUUGGACGAACAGAUUGCUUGUGAGUGGUUGAAAGAGAAUCUGAAUUAUACCCUGACGGAAUGGAAGCCCAACAACGACUACAAGAACACCUUAUUUGUUGGUGGAAUAUUUCCCAUGACUGGCAACUCAUACAUGGCCAAGUCGAUUGUGAUCGCCGCUAAGAUGGCGAAAGAAGUUAUCAAUGUUAACAACACUCUGCUGAGAGAUUACAAUCUGACUCUGCUAGCCAACGAUGGCCAAUGUAAGUCGGACAUGGUAAUGAAGUCCUUUAUCGACUACAUCGUACAUAAUCAUUAUCAGAAGCUAGUCGGCGUAUUGGGGCCGGCUUGCUCGGAAACCGUGGAGCCAUUGGUCGGAGUGUCGAAGCACUACAAAACGGUGAUUAUCAGCUACAGCGCCGAGGGAUCCAGUUUCGACGAUCGCAGCAAAUAUCCGUACUUCUUCAGGACUAUCGGCGAGAACAAGCAAUACAAAUACGUCUACCUGCAGCUCUUGCAGAAGCUGGGCUGGCAUCGGGUGGCGUCCUUGACGGAAGAUGGACAAAAGUACACCGAGUAUAUAUCGUACAUGCAGGAUAUGCUCAGAGAUAACGGCAUCGCAUUCGUGGCAAAUGUCAAAUUUCCAAGAGAACGAGAAGCCGACGUGAUGACGAAUUAUCUACAAGAUUUGAAAGAAAGGCGAGCAAGAAUUAUUAUCGCAGAUGUGUACGGUAAGGUAGCUCGUCAAGUUAUGUGCGAAGCAUAUAAAUUGGAGAUGACAGCUGUUCAGGGCUAUGUCUGGUUUCUUCCGCUUUGGCUUCAGCAACAAUGGUAUGAUACCAAUUAUUACAAUGGAAUGGGCGAAAAAGUACCUUGCACCACGAGCGACAUGAUGAAGGCUAUAAACGGACAUCUCGGUCUGUCACACGCGUACUUUGCUCGCGACGACAGCAUAAUGCAGGAGGGAAUCACGGUGCGUGAAUGGCGCGAGCGUUAUGAGAACAUGUGCCGAACGCAGAAUCCUCCGCUACAGCCCUCUAAUUAUGCCGGCUAUGCUUAUGAUGCUAUGUGGACUUAUGCUUACGCCAUGGAUCGACUUGUUCAUGAGAAUGAGAGCUAUGUCUUCGAUCUUCACAGUGAUCACACGGUCAAUCGUCUCACGACCAUUAUCGGAGAGACUGAUUUUAACGGGGUAUCCGGAAGAAUACAGUUCCUAGGUAGACCAUCGAGAUACUCGGUUGUUAAUAUCGUACAGUUUAUCGAUAAUGAGACGCGUAUUGUUGGUAAUUUUUACCCGAAUGCCUCGGAAGUCAAACACGAAAUAAUCGGCGGUACAUUGGAUUUAAAUACAUCGGCUUUCGUUUGGUUGUCGGAGACGAUACCCGACGAUGGUUCGGAGCCUCCGCCGAGAUGCGUUUUGGCGGGAUUGGCAGAGCUGUUGGAUGUCUCUUGCGAAGUAGCGAUAGUGGUCGCUAAUAUUAUCGGCUUCAGCCUCCUCGGAGCGCUUCUAAUCGUUGGCUUUGUCAUGGUUAAGCGAAAAUACGACGAAAAAGUGCGGCAACACGAAAAGUAUAUGAAGUCCUUGGGUAUCGAUCUGUCACAGACGGACACUUCUAGUUUGGAUGUAUGGGAAAUUCCUCGAGAUAGAGUAGUAAUCAAUCGAAAACUUGGAGAGGGAGCCUUCGGUACCGUUUACGGUGGUGAAGCUUUUUUUCCUGAUAAGGGUUGGCUAGCUGUCGCCGUGAAGACUUUAAAAGUCGGCAGUUCGACCGACGAGAAGCUUGAUUUUUUGAGCGAGGUCGAGGUCAUGAAGAGAUUCGAGCACAAGAACAUAAUCAGAUUAUUAGGUGUGUGCAUAAAGUGCGAACCCGUGUUAACCGUGAUGGAAUUUAUGCUUUACGGCGACUUGAAGACCUAUUUGUUGGCCAGAAGACAUUUGGUCAAUGAUCGGAGUUAUGAAGAUUCCGACGAGAUCUCGAAUAAAAAAUUAACCGCCAUGGCGUUGGAUGUUGCUAGAGCGCUCAGUUAUUUAGCGCAAUUGAAAUAUGUUCACAGAGAUGUCGCUUCUCGCAAUUGUCUGGUGAACGCCCAGCGAGUAGUAAAACUCGGAGACUUCGGUAUGACGAGACCAAUGUAUGAGAACGAUUAUUACAAAUUUAAUCGGAAGGGCAUGCUACCAGUAAGAUGGAUGUCGCCAGAAUCACUGGCAUUAGGUAUCUUCACGCCAGCAUCCGAUGUCUGGUCUUACGGAGUAAUGCUCUACGAGAUUGUUACAUUCGGCAGUUUCCCUUUUCAAGGGAUGAGCAACAAUGAAGUACUCUCGCAUGUGAAGGCUGGCAAUUGUCUCACCGUGCCGAAGAAGGUGAAAAUGCAGCUCGAGAGUUUAAUGUAUUCCUGUUGGAAUGUGGACCACACAAAGAGACCAUCGGCGCCGGAGAUUGUUGAUUUUCUGGCGACGAAUCCUCGCAUCAUCUCGCCGUGCCUGGAUGUACCUCUGUCGAGUGUGCAGCUGGAGCACACCGCGCAACUUGACAUACAACUAUCGGAGAACAACCGAAAGUUCUCCAUUUCGUGGCCAUCGCAGCGUUCAGUUCCGCAAAUUCAAGAAUCGAAAUUCCCGAAUUCGCCAACGCCGCUUCUACUGGACUUGAACGGCCAUGAUGACGAUCAGAAUUUGGAUUCUCUACUAAUUGGCAUAUCCUGCGAACAAGACAGUUCCAGCCCUUUGCUGGACUCUACGAGAGCCUCGAUUUUGAAGCAAAUGUGGCUCCAAGAGAAUUCCAAUGACAACCAGGCUCACAGGUACGUCAAUCUUCAGCCAGAUAUGCUAAAAUUAGCUUGCGAGUCCGGCAGGAAUGGUAGCGCUGGGAACAUACAGAUGGAGGAAAGAACGUCGAUGCUGUCCGAGAAGAAAAGCACCGAUAACGUAUCAAUGCUCUGACAUAAGUAGAUGAUUUUGUGAAGAAAUUGGAAACUAGUCAGAUGCCUCGAAGUAUACGGUGUUCUAUUAAAGAGAAGUAACUGUACAAGCUCAACAUCAGAAUACAGGAUACACGAUGAACGUCCUGGAAUAAAGCAAGAGAAUUGACACAAAUGAUUUCAAGGCAUUUGCCUUAUUAGCGAAUGUAAUCGCUUAGCCAUACCAAAGGGUUUUUUAAACAAGAUCAGAGAAAAUCGGCUCUGCGACCGAUAUGGCAUUUUAAUUAAUUAAAUAUUCUCUGAAUUUUUUCAACAUAGAGAAACUAUGUUGAGCUAAAUGGUUAUAAUAGCAAUGAAAACGUUGACUCUCAUAAAAGAAUUCCUAGUGCGUUUGGAGAUAUAUGAUAUCUUGAAAUAUGCGUACUCGUAUAGCGAAACUCUGUCUCGAAUAAAUUAAAACUCAUUGGAGAUGAUAAGACCUAAUUAAAAUACCAAUCGUCGAAAUUCAAUUAUUUUAAUAAUAAGAUUUUUCCAAUAUGUGUGUGUCUUUUUGCGUUUUUAAAUAGCACAUCUAAAUUAUAGCGCAUAUGUGUAUAUUCAGACAUAUAUAUAAAUAUACAUAUAUACAUGCAUACAUACAGACAUACAUAUAUUUUUAAUGUUUUUAGCAACUCAAAAUAAAAACAAAAAAUGAGCACCGCUAAUAAAAAAGUAAUUCUACACGAAUAUCGGAAGAAAAAUGGAAGAGUACCUACGGAAACGAAAGGUCUCUACGGAAAUAAUAUAAAAUAUAUACAAAAAAAUCGAGACAGCUAGCUAUGGACGGCGAAACUAAUUUACCGAAUCCAGUUUUGAGACUGACUUCCAUUGCGAAAUUUAAUCGCAUUAUCUGACCGGUCGUAGACAUAGAUGACCGACAUUAUUUAUCAUCGCAGGCAAAUAGCUAAAAGGUACAAAAGAGAAGAAUGGCUUCUCGUAGAUGUGUUUUUCGCGAAACCGGAAAGACGAUCGACAUCAAUGCAUCCUUCAUCCAGCAAUUCUAUCGCCUUCUGCUCAAUGCAUCUUUAAGACUGAUUCUCGAGAUGCAAGGGACGCAUCGUAUCGUUCUUUAUCCUUUGUUUUCUUUUAUUUCUUGUCGAGUAAUAGUUUGUUCGAGAAGAAGCUAGCGCAUUUGAUUAAAUAAGAUUCGGUAUUUUGCGAGUGAUAACGUUCGCGUAACCAUGACAUUUUUUUCUCGCUCGUUACAGUUAAAAGAUCAGUGAACAAUUCUUUCCUGCUUCUUAGUAUCCCUUCGCGAAUGCGACUACACGUUUGUCGAUCACAUGUUACCACCGCGUUCUCGCCAACACAUCACAGGUUAAUUAAUAUUAUAAGAUUAAUCACCGAUUGACUGCGAAUUCGAACGACAGAUGCAAUUAUUUAUUAAUAUAUAACGAGUGGAUUUCUUACAAAAGAUUUUUAUACGGAAUAUGUUUCUCAUUAAGGGUCCACUUAAUAGCAUUCUUGUAUAAAAUAGUGUCGCCAGAUGACAGAUAGAACAUCAUAUUUUGUAUAAAUAAAUUCACAUAAUAUAUUUAACCCUUUCCGGCAUCAAUUGACAGUUCCUUGAGAAUUGCUUCUUAUGUUCCUGCAUUCUCGAAUGAAUGAUAAAACGUCGAAAUGUACAUAAAAUAUAUGAGCCUCUUAUUUUUAAAGAGAUGAUUACAAAAAAUUUUUUGAAGACUUUCGAAGAUUUUUUUAGACUCACAUAUCGCUUUUGAAAUAAGUGACUUGUAUAUAAAAAUGAGCGUGCUAUUCGUUAAGUGGUAAAUGUAAACAAUCAUGCAACCAGUUACUAUACUUGAGUAUAAUUUAAAGAAUUGUUAUAGGAUUAUAAAAAAUAUACUGGAAAGGGUUAAUUUUCAGCAUCCGCUGUUCAUUAUGACUGAAUAGCUAUACAAUUAAGAGAGUUCACCGAAAAUGUUCAUGUAGAGCAUCAAAGACUCCGAUAGAAAAGUAUUUUUAAUUUUCGAUUCCAAUUCAUAACUGUUUGCGCACAUUGCGAGAAACAUGUCUUCAAUUAUACUAUACUUGUAUGUAACGCGCAAUAUUAUACUACGUUCUUUGUAUCAUGAAAGGCAGUAUAGAUGAUAUUCAUUCAAGCAUCACUAUCCGACAAUCUUUCUAAGACUUAUUUUAUUAUAGUUAUAAUUUUUUAAUACGUAUAUUUGCAAAAGCUCAAAUAAAAAUAUAGACAAAAAAUCUAUGUAGAAAUAAAAAAAAGAUAUAUAUAUAAAGAAUAUAUAAGAUAUUUAUAAAAUAAUGCAGGAUGAGUUAAAAAAAUAAGAAAAUAAUAUUUAUUUUGUUAUUUAAAUUUUUUUAUACUUAUAAAAAUAUAGUGGCUUUUUUCAAAUAUAAAUCGCUCGAAUUCAUAACAACAUUUAUGUACAACUAUAUACGUGUAUAUCAUAAAAAAUAUAGAGAGAUAUUAUACGCCAGUAUCGCAUACAUAUACAUCACAAUGAUUAGAAAAUUAGUUCUUAUUUUAUUGCGCGUAGAGAUAAACUUUUUUUACUAUUCGUCUGAUCGAGGAAUAAUACCCACGAAUGCAUUACGAUCGAAUAUAUAUUCCUUUGACAGAUAUAAACUAUAGGUUCUUGUAAAAAAAUUUUUACAUAUGUUUGUAUGUAUACAUACCGCGGUAUAUUACUAAGCCCUUCCUAGUAGUUAACUUUAUAAAAAUAAUGUCGGCAAUUUUUUGUCAGAUAUAUACGUCGAUUACUCCUAGAGCACGUAUAUACAACCUUUGAUUUUACUCGCUACCGAUUAUACCAGUGUUAUUUAUUGUUAAAUUACAUAUAUUGUAAUUAGGCCCAUGGCGAAUGGUAUUCGCAGCGUACGUUCCUUGAGCGCAUGCUUAUUGUGCCUUUUGGAAUUAAAUAAUAUUAAACAUG